CGAUGCAUAUAAGCUAAUUAAGCAGAACAUAGUAUUAAGCUUUGUUUUUAAACUGGUUCAAAACUUCAACUUAUUUGGAAAUUUUAACAAGAAACACUUAAACUCUCGACAAAAACACUUGUGUUUACUUUUUAGAUCUACAUACUCGCAGCUUGCAAUCCGCCUCAUGAGAUAUUCAAAUCUUACAAAAUCCCAAAGUUGCAUUAGUACAGUACUUGCACUUGUCACGUUUAAUGGCCACGUUCUGAUACCGGUUUGCGAGUGUAUAUAAAAGUCGUAUACAAGGAUUUAUAGGUUAUUAAUAUUGCCAGAGGCUGAUAAUUAAACGAUGCGCUGCUUUUAGCGCUAAUCAAAUUACAAAUAAACCUCAAAACAAAAACAGAAAAAUCUGAUAAAUAAAACGGAAAAUCUAACACUUCUUACAGCAUCAGCGUUGGAUAAGUCUAUUGAAAUCUAGUAACUGCAACCAAAAACCGCAAGAUGUCAACCACUAUGCUCAUCUAUGCCGUGUGCCUUGUUUUGGCCGCCAAUUUGUUAUCAGUAAGUGCCAUCCGGUGCCACCAGUGCAACUCGCACGACAACGAGGACUGCGGUGGCCUGGUGGUGAACACGCCUCGUGCCCAGAGGGACAACCAGUACCUGUCGGACUGCAUCCCGCCCAGCGGCAAGGAGGCCUUCUGCCGCAAGACGGUGAUCAAGUUCGAGCAGAACAACGAGCACAGGAUCGAGAGGAGCUGUGGCUUCAUUCCGGAGAAGAUCCAGAACGCCUGCUUCACCGCCGACAACGAGGGCUACAAGCAGAUCAUCUGCACCUGUCCGGAGGAGGGUUGCAAUGGAGCCACCUCCUUGCUGGGAGCCCGCCAGGUGGGCUACAGCGUGGUGGGAUCCGUGGUCAGUCUGGCACUGGCCAGCAUUCUCAGGCAUUGAGUCAUCGAUCAGCUCAGCUCCUACAUCCUGCAUACUGUAUCCUGCAUCCAAAACGUACCUUCCUAACUGGUUAAGCUAAGUCCUAAAUAAUUUGCACUAAGUUCUUUGCUGUUUGCCAUAUUUAGCUAUGUCGUGGCUAUUUCGCGUUUAGUCUUGUAUUCUGUAUUUGUAAUUAAUUACCGUAAAAAUAUAAGAAUCGUAUUUAAAUGAAA